CCUGACGAGGAAGUUAUAUUCACUGCGCAGAAACAAGCGCAGCCUCAAAAUGACUGUCAGUUUGUCGCAACGUCAGUCAUAAAGAAACGUGAAUUGAUACCAGUAUCUGGAAAAAUAUGUGAAAUUUACGACAAAUAUUGUUACGCUGAAGUUAAAAAAUAUGGACGAGUUUUUGUACCGUAUUCCGCUAGAAACGAUUUCAACAAGCUCAACAAACCGUGGUUGGGAUAUGGUGCUGAAAUGGAUAAAAUAAUUCAAUUGAAGAUUUUUCGUCAACCGGAUAUCAAAAAUUGUCGAUAUGUUGCUUGGAGCAUAAAUAUGAAUACGAUAGACGAAAAGAAGGGUUUUGAAAAAGUGCCCGAUAGAGCCAAUGGUCAGAUCGGUGUUAUUGUUAUUAUUCCAUCGGAUGGUGAUUUAACUGUGUAUUCUUCUCAAUCUGGGAAAGCAACGCUACCAUCGUGUAUGCGGGAGCCAUGGAUGAAUAUUGGUACAUGCAUUCGUUAUGAUGUUGUUAAACAAGUUGAUACGGAGUCGCGAGCUAUUUGGAUAGUGCGGAACGUGGAAAAUCUUGGUUUGUUAUACGAAGUAAUUGUUGAUAAUAAAGAUCCAUGCAAGUUGUUAUUGCGCUUGAAUGCCGUUGUUAAUCGAGUGUCAUCUAGCACUCAUAAUGCAUGGCUGUGGAACGAUAUUAUUGGUAGAAUUUUUGUUCCUACUCAGCAGUUCAGUCAUCGUUUACGCGCAAUGAUUUGUGUGAAAAUAACUGCAUCAUGGACUGGUACAUUUGAAGACGUUCCAUGGACUGCUACAGAUUUGGAGUUAUACGAAGUAAUUGUUGAUAAUAAAGAUCCAUGCAAGUUGUUAUUGCGCUUGAAUGCCGUUGUUAAUCGAGUGUCAUCUAGCACUCAUAAUGCAUGGCUGUGGAACGAUAUUAUUGGUAGAAUUUUUGUUCCUACUCAGCAGUUCAGUCAUCGUUUACGCGCAAUGAUUUGUGUGAAAAUAACUGCAUCAUGGACUGGUACAUUUGAAGACGUUCCAUGGACUGCUACAGAUUUGGAGGUCAUUGGUGAUGAUGCAACUAUACGUGUCCAAAAUGCUUCCUUACUUCAGACGGACGACAACUGGACGGUAAAUAUCAUAAGAGAGGUUUCAAAUAUAAAUACAAAUCAACCCACAUUUUUUGGAUUUAUCAGUAACCCUAAACAUGGUUCCGCGUUUAUUGCGUGGACUGAUUUGACGCAGGGUGAUACCCCUCCUGCUCCAGAUACUAAAUGCAGGGCUACCGUCUUUUUUCAAUCUCGAAAUGGUAAACACUCUUGGAGAGCAGUGCUGGUGACGCCGUUGGGUGGUGAUGGUUUUCCCAUUUGGCAACAUCCAUUGCAUAACCAUUCGGGAAGGCUUUCGCUUCCUGAGCGUCCGUAUAAGUUGCCGCCUCCAUCGUUGCCAUCUGCAGGCACUUUACCACUCAACAGCUCUGUGUCACCUGUUGUUGAUGUUGUUAUGAAGCCCGACAAGCUCUUCUCACCUGUGGUCGCAACAACACUCGAUAAUAUGUCACCACUAUCGUCGAUAAUCAGCGAAUCGCCUGAAGUGUCACCAGCACCCUACUUGUUCACAUCGGACGCCUCUGACAGCUAUUUGAAUCAAGAUUUACUCGAUCAACUCGAUCUUGGUAAAUAUACUUCGGUCCUGUUCCCACACUCCAGUAGCGAUCGUAUUUGGGCAUCAACCAAGCCACUUGGCGUGUUUUCCUCUUCUGUGACAUCGACCGAUCCUCUGCUGACUCCAGCAUCUCGCUUGUCGCCCACCUCUCCCACAAGUACCGAUGCAGCCACGCAAACGGACAUCAUGUCUGAGCAAGAAGUGUUGAAGGAUAUAAUGGAUAACAAAGAUUUGUUUUUCAAGGUAAUCAUUUACUCAAAUUGUUGCGGAGAGUCUUCCACAGCAUUACAACAGGCUGAUGGAUAUACGUUUGCAGAGGAUUUGAAGUAA